CUGUUUGGAUGGGCGGCGUAAGCAGACGCCGAUGAGUGCAGGGCAGUAUGAACAGAAGAUGAAGCAUUAAACGAGCGCGUGAUCUGUGCACAGGUUGUCAUGUUUGAAGUUUCUCAGGCGGAUCUCACAUGAAUACAUAGUCUACAUUAGGUCGGAUGGCACUGCAUCGCGAAUGAAGAGGCUACAUAUACUCCCCUAGACAGUUAAACGGGACGAGAAACAUGGAUGGAUUUUACGACCAAAAAGUACCUCUCAGUAAACCACAUGGGAAGUCUUCUGGUGAGGAACCAGUCAAUGACAGAAAGCAAAAACACAUUCGAUCUGACCUGGCAUUAGACACAGAGGAUCUCUUUCAGGACCUCUACCAGUUGCGGGAGACCUGGGUUUGUUCAGCUCUGGAGAAUGAUGAGCAGUUUGUCCCAGACUUUCAUAGUGAGAACUUGUCCUUCCACCGCCUGCAGCUGAAGAUUAAAACAGAGCCACAUAGCCCCUGUGCAAACCUCAGCACAUCCUGCAGCCAGGAGCCAGCACACACGCUGCAUUAUGGGGAGAAGUGCCUGUAUAGUAUCAGUGCCUGUGAGCAAAAGCAUAUUGCAGGACUAAAGGCUUCUAAUCCUGUGCCUCCGCCCAGCAGCACACCAGUGUCCCCUCGCCAUGCAUCCGCCAUAACAGCCCCAUCUCUCCCCAAAUCAAACAGGACAUUCCCCCACCUAGCUACUGCUCAACCUACUCCUGACAGCGCAUAUACCAUGGACCACAGGUUCCGACGACAGCUUUCAGAACCAUGCCCCUCCUUCUCUUCGGCCCAAAGUCUUCCUCGUGAUGGGCGCCCUAUGUGUCAUCGGCAGCUGUCUGAACCCAGUCUCCUGUUUGCCCCUCAGGGCUUCAAGCAGGAAUACCACGAUUCCCUGUUUGAACAUCCUGUGAUGGCAGGCACCCAUCUUCCCCAGAUGUACCAUCCAACUAUGAUCAUAAAACAAGAGCCACAGGAUUUCACCUACGACUCAGAAGUGCCCAGCUGCCAUUCUGUCUGCCUGAGACACGAGGGGUACCUGCCUUAUCCUACUAGGGCUGAAGGCUGCAUGUUCGAUAAAGUGACACGACACUUCUAUGAUGAUACAUGCGUGGUGCCAGAAAAAGCAGAGGGUGAUAUCAAGCAGGAGGUAGGGUUGUAUCGGGAGGGACCCACCUACCAGCGCCGUGGUUCUCUGCAACUCUGGCAGUUCCUGGUGGCCCUGUUGGAUGAUCCGUCCAAUUCUCAUUUUAUUGCCUGGACUGGCCGUGGUAUGGAAUUCAAGCUCAUCGAGCCAGAAGAGGUUGCCCGACGGUGGGGGAUUCAGAAAAAUCGCCCUGCAAUGAAUUAUGACAAACUCAGUCGUUCAUUACGCUAUUACUAUGAAAAAGGAAUCAUGCAGAAGGUAGCUGGGGAGAGAUAUGUCUACAAGUUUGUGUGUGACCCGGAGGCACUAUUCUCCAUGGCAUUCCCAGACAAUCAACGGCCUGUCUUGAAAACAGAUGUUGAGCGCCAGAUCAAUGAGGAAGACACUGUGCCACUGUCACACUUUGACGAGAGCAUGGCGUACAUACAGGAAGGAACAUACUGCAGCUCACGUCCGCACAACGAAGGCUACGUCUACUGAUGUCUACCGUCGACCACAAAAGUUCAUUUCCAGUUUUUUUGUUCUGCUAUGAUGACUGAGACCAUUUGAGAGACAAAAAGAGCAUUUUUUGCCGCCAACCCACAAAAUCCUCCACCCUGUCCCUGUCCCUGUCUCUCUAUGUCUGCCCUCGGGGGGCUGUUCCCUCGUCCCCUUCUUCAGUGACUACCAGGACUCAGCAAGCACUUUAGAAAACAGUGACUGUGAGUGUGUAACUCGCUCGUAGAGCUAUCUGUUUACUCAAUCUUUUUCUGUCUGUGUGGGAUCAAAACAUUACUGAGCGAGACGGCUGUUGCAGCAUGCCACAUAAUCACUGGGGAAAAAACCAACUCAAAGGGGCGGACUGGCCACUAUCCCUGAGAAAAAAACAUUGAGACAAAUUUAAUCAGAAAUUGUUAUCCUAAUUUAGCAUAUUCUUCUGAUUUUCUUUGUUGUGUGUCAUAAUACAUGUAUGUUUUGUCAUGCGCUUCUGUGGUUGAAGUUGCAUUCAUCUUUAUUAUGUGAAAUAAUAAGUUCAAAUAAAUUGUGGUAAACUGAAUGUUUCAGUUCCAUGAUAUAAUUCCACAAAUAAAACUUACUAGUGAUCCAUCACAUAGUUUUUAUUUUUCAAUGAAUUCAAGUUUUGUGUGUGACAGUGUUGCAAAUGCAAUGACCUCCCCUCCAGUGCGUCAGAAACAUCACAUUCGAAUCUGAGUAAAGGCAGUAUGGCCCAAGCAUGAAGUGUUUUACAGAGCCCAAGGCCCGAGCCCCCUGGGGCAAGCACUCAGGCAAUGUUAGAAAGGAAAACAGGAAGAAACCUUAAGUAGAAACCCAGUUCUAUAAGGAGGGACCCAUCUCCCUAAAGCCGGCCUGGUAGAGAGACAGAAAGGGGGGUGUGGGGGGUGACUGGAGCAGAAAGAGUCAGAGGCCCCGUUCCCACUUACACUGAAAGCUGUUUAUUUCAUGUUAAUUAACCGCAUAGGUAUGGAGUGGGAAU